AUGGCGGAGUCGCCCGAGAACGCCGCCGCCGCGCCCGCGCCGGCCGCCGCCCCAGCCCCUCCGGCUCCCCCGGCGCCCAAGCCGUCCUCCCCGCCCCCCAGCUCCGGGAUCCCGCCGCGCUACGACCUCGACGCCAAGUGGGACGCCUGCCUCGACCUCUCCAUCCGCCGCGUCGCCUACGCCUCCCUCGCCGGCGCAUUCGGCGGCCUCAUCCUAUUCCGUAGCCCAACAACCCGCUGGGCAUCAGUUGCACUUGGAGCUGGUGUGGGGAUAGGGGCUGCGUAUACUGAAUGCUCAUACAUAUUCAAUGGUUCUCCUCCCAAGUGGUCAUCCAAAGUUUCAACGGUUCCUUCUGCUCAUUCUGAAGGAGACAAGUAAACACCGUCCGCAGGACUGGUAGUCCAAUCUUGAUGUGAGUUUUGGAGUGUCAUUGAACUAGCUGUUUCAUGUCUGAUAUCGCCACUUGUCAUAGUAUCACCUCAAAGUUAGCAUGUACCCAGCUCGUGAUUUUCUUCACACUUUAUGCGGAAACCAUUCUGGAUGUGGUCUGAUGACCCUAUGGCUGCGCACUGCAGGAGCUUUGUAAGCUCUGUCCCGAGGUUUUAUGUCUGGCAAUAAAUUUUUCUGUCA